UUCUUUCUUUCUUUUUUUUUUUUUUUUUUUUUACUAACGGCCAUUUGUUUUGUUUAAAAAAACAAUAAAAGAAUACAUUUCAUCAUUUGGAGAUAUUCAAUGUUUUAUAGUGUCUAAAAGCUCAUAUUGAUUUUCAGUUUUUUAAUAGUUAGGACAGAAUUUACUUAAGUUUGAAUGUUGUAUUAACAAAAGAUGUUGGUAAAUAUGAUAAAAUAUUGUGCAUUUAUUAGUUUGUUCAUUUAUUUUGUAGUAUUAUGGCUCAGAAUCCUUAAAUUUAGUCAAUUUAUUUAAAACAAGACUCUUUAUUGUGUCAAACAGUGACAUCUAGCGGCAGUUCUGACAAAAUCAAUAGGCGGAGCUUUAAAAAAAACAUCUCCCUUAACCUCAAGUUCUCGCGAGAGUUUGGCUACAGGACGUUCCCAAAGCGGCAGAGAUUAAGGUUUAUUUUGCUUUUAGCUCACCCGUUAAAGCAUCAAACAUGUCUUUUUGUAGAUUUGUUGGGGAAAUUUACAAGGAUCAUUUUAAACCAGGAAUCUACGUGUGCUCCAACUGCAACCAUCCUCUGUUCUCCAGCCGGUCCAAGUUCGCUCACUCGUCUCCUUGGCCGGCCUUCACCGAGACUCUCCGGGAGGACAGCGUCACCAAACUGAUGGAGACUCUCACCGCCUACAAGGUUCUGUGUGGAAAGUGCAGCAGUGGACUGGGUCACGAGUUUGUCAACGACGGUCCGGUGGAGGGAAAGUCGCGCUUUUGAAUAUUCAGCCACUCGCUAAAGUUUGUCCCCAACAAAGUUAAAGACAAGCAGUAAAGAGCGAGACGGAAGCAUCCAGAACACGUGUGCGGCGAGCGGGACGGGUCAGCGGGUGACGUGGACGGGGGAAAGGCCUGAGAAGGACGCCCUGACCACUGACGAAUCUUUGACCAGCUUAACGAAGCUUUCAUCUCAUCAGUUCCUCACAUUCAGACCAUCGAUCCUGUGAGCCUCUUCAUGAAACACGACAGCAGCUGCUGCUAAAUACUCCAGAUGAACGCUCGCUUUAAUAUUCUUAACAUAAAAUGGACACAAAUACAGAUUUAUACUCUGCUGAUCAUGUUGCACAAAUAUUAUCUAUGCACUGGAACCAGAAUUCUGCUCAGAUUUCAGGUUUUCAUGUACUGUAAGUUUUUGUUAUGAUUGUUGAGAAUUUGAUUUGUCAGAAAAGACACUAAAUAUUCUUUCAUUUUUGAUGCUUGUGUAAAAGAAAACUACAAAUAAAACCAAAUGAUGUCAUUCAUACCUGCAGUUUUCUUUAAAUGAUUAAAGAGUUUAUUAGAUUGUCAUUCAGAACAUGUUUAAAAGCAUCAAAACUUUAUUUUUUGAGGGUUUAAAUUUACUUCAACAGUUUUCUGCUUCAUUUCUCCACAAAUUAAGAACAAAAUGUUGAAAGUGAUGUCAUAUGUGCUGCUGUGUUUUCAAUUAAACGGAUGAAAAUGAUGCAAUAUGUUCUGACUGAUAAAACAUUUAAUUUACAAUUUAAAAAACUAAAUGGUACAAAUUUUAAUCCACAUUUUUUUAGUAAAACUCUAAUUUUAAGUUCAAUUUGCUUAAAGAUAAAAUUGUUUUAGACAUCUGACUUUAAAUUGACUCCAGUGUUUUUCAAAUUAAGUCAAACAGCUUAAAAAUGGAACAUUUUGCAUUUCGACUUUACUCAAAAAAUGUAUUUCCUUUAUUAAAUAUUUUUUAAAAGUACAAUUAACUCAUCUGGUUUUACAAAGUCGUGGAGAUGGUGUCAUGGCAACAAAUAAAGAUUUAAUCCCUUAAAAAUGUGCAUUUGUGUGCAUAAUUGACCAUUUUAGUAACUGUAGAUGCUAAUAUUAAUGUUGGUCACAAAAGCCUAUUGUCUUUGCAAAAUGAGCAUUUUUUUCCAAACAUUUUGUGGCCAAAAAUGAGCAUUUUAUCAGCUUUUUGACCGUUUGGAGUCCACAAAUUUUCUACUUUUUUUGUGCAUAAAUUGUUAUUUUGUGUGCACAAGUCAAUACUUUUUUGGGCCACAAAUAGCUAUUUUUGGCAACAAAUGACCAUUUUGUUUGCACAAAUUUCUAAUUUUUUUGUGCACAGAUGACCAUUUUGUGUGCAUUAAAUGCUACUUUUUGUGCAUGAAUUACUAUUUGGUGUGCAUACAUUACUAUUUGGUGUGCAUAAAUUAUUAUUUGGUGUGCAUAAAUUACUAUUUGGUGUGCAUGAAUUACUAUUUGAUGUGCAUAAAUUAUUAUUUGGUGUGCAUAAAUUACUAUUUGGUGUGCAUGAAUUACUAUUUUGUGUGCAUUAGAUGCUACUUUUUGUGCAUAAAUUACUAUUUGGUGUGCAUGAAUUACUAUUUGGUGUGCAUAAAUUAUUAUUUGGUGUGCAUAAAUUACUAUUUGGUGUGCAUGAAUUAGUAUUUUGUGUGCAUUAGAUGCUACUUUUUGUGCAUAAAUUACUAUUUGGUGUGCAUAAAUUACUAUUUGGUGUGCAUGAAUUACUAUUUGGUGUGCAUGAAUUACUAUUUGGUGUGCAUGAAUUACUAUUUGGUGUGCAUUAAAUGCUACUUUUUGUGCAUAAAUUGCUAUUUGGUGUGCAUGACUUACUAUUUGGUGUGCAAUAAAUGCUACUUUUUGUGCAUGAAUUACUAUUUUGUGUCCAUUAAAUGUUACUUUUUGUGCAACAAUUACUAUUUGGUGUGCAUAACUUACUAUUUCAUGUGCAUAAAUUGCUACUUUUUGUGCAGAAAUGAUUUUAAUUUCAUAAUUUUAUGUGCACAUAUGACCAUUUUUUGCACACAAAUUCUUCUGUUCUAUUCUAUUUUAAAAUCUUCCAGUCCUAAUCAUUGUUUGUUAAGAAACACUCAUUUGUGGGAACUUCUUUUUUUAACUCUCCAGGACUCUAAAUGAGCGAUCCAGACAGUUCUAGCUUGUUACCUGUAGGUGGCGACAUCCUCCUCCAGUCUGUCCUGGACAACCUGCUCCUGCCGUCAGAUUUCUGUCUUGACAGAAACAGGCAGAUUACUGCUGGCUGGCAUUAAUUAUAGAGGCUGGUUCCUUCAGCAGCAAACCGAGGCCGGGCUCCCUGCUCUGCGGCCCGUCUGCAGGCCGUACCCUCUGGUAUCUGAAGCUGGCAGAGACCCUGAGGUUUCGAUGAGAGCCGGCCGCCUGCUGGGAGGCUGAGGGCUAUUAUUACAAAGGAAGUAAACGCACGCAGACGCACAUGUGAACAUACAGAAAACACAUUCCAGGGAUCCCAGAUCUCAUCAGAAACACCCUCCAGGACUCUAGAGGAGCUCUGUGGGAUUCCAGGUUUUAUUCAGGACACUCUUUGUUUAGUUGUUUCACAGAAGCAGAAUAAAGAACAUUUUCUCUUGGUUCCCAAAUAAUGUUUCAAGAUUUCUUUUUUGAAUAAACUCAGAUUGUUUUUUGUUGUUUAUUUUGUUUACGGAGCUCUCAUCGGUUUACCAAAAGUGCAAAAGUGGGAUUUCCUCGACUAACAAGAACUCGGUCGAUGUUUUUCUGUCCGUAAGUCUUUUCCUGUUCAAGUUGGAGUCAUUUUAAUGAUCAUUAAAAUGGUUAUUUCUUCCUGACUGAGCUCCAUUUCCACCAGGAGAGUUUCAAACAUCUGAUUUCUGCUAGAACAGUCUUGCCUGUGCAUGAAUGUAGUUUAAUUGCAAAACCAAUACGAUAAAAAAAGAAUUAAAGCCACAAACAGAGCUGUAUGACCCGCAGGCGCUGCCUCACCUGCCCUAACGUUCACUUUUGACCCGCCUCACCGGUUGAGCGGCUGCUCCACGCCCCUUCCUGUCCUUCUGAUACUUUUCUGAAUAGCAGGUUUCUGUUGAUUUGAUCUCCAUAGCAACCAUUUGCUUUUUUGGUCGUCCGGGGCUGACGAGGACAUCAAUGUCAUUUUUAGAAGAAUCGGCAAAAGUCAAUUUUUGGAUUUCGUUAGCAACGGAGGUUUUUUUUUUAUUUUUUUGUUACUCACGCCCAUAUUCCUAAUAUUUUCAUAUCGUAUGAUAUAUUGUUUUGUUCGGCUUGAGCCAACGAUUCAUGUAGGGUUAUUACAUUUUCACAAAAUUCUAAGAAAUAAUGUGAAAGCAACAGGGGAACGCCAUUUUAGCUAGCUCAUCAUGCUAACACCGUUUAAGAUUCACAAAUUCUUAAACCAACAUUUUUUUCCAUAUAGCUUCACAAUGAUUCGAGAA